AUGUCUCAAAUUGAGCCCACUCCCAAGCACACCUUUGCUGAGCGUGCCGCCGCCAACGACUUCAACGAUGCGCAGAUCCUCAACUCCAACAACCCUGCCGGUGCAGAGAUCCCCCAGGACUCUGAUGUUGUUGUCGCAGGUGGAGGUAUCCAUGGUCUCAUCUAUGCUAUUCAUGCGGCCAAGUACAAGCCUGGCAAGCUCAACAUCUCCCUGAUCGAGAAAAGCACCAAGCCCGGCUACAAGAUCGGCGAGAGUACCCUGCCGCUCUUCUCACUGUGGUGCAAGAUGCACGGCCUGACUGCCGAGUACAUGUUGCGUCUCUUUGGUCUCAAGGACGGCCUUUGCUUCUAUUUCCUAGACCGUGAGAACCAGGGGGAGUAUACCGACUUCUGCAGCAACGGUACCCCCGGUGUCUUCCUGAGCGGAUUCCAGGUUGAGCGUCCCAUCAGCGAGCUGCUCUUCACCCUGUUGGCUCAGCGCAACGGCGUCAACGUCUUCCACGGCCGCCAAGUCGACUUCAACGGCAGCACCAUUCAGGGUGGAGUCAAGAGCAAUAAGAUUGCCAUCAACCCCGGCAAGUUCGACGGCAAGCCUGCUACCACCAUCGACUCCUCCCUGCUUGUGGAUGCCACCGGUCGCUUCCGCCAACUGGCUUCCAAGAAGGCGUCACUCCACCGGUUCGAGGGCUGGAACUACGACGCUUUCUGGGGAUACUUCGACUGCCCCACUGAUGAGAGCAACAUCCCCUUCCGCUACUACGAGGGUGACCACACCAACCACCUGUGCUUCCCCGAGGGUUGGGCCUGGGUCAUCCGUCUUCCCUCUUGGGAAGGCAGCUCCAUCCCCAACCUGAUGGACAUGAUCUCCUACCUGCUCGACUGCGCUGAGGCUGGUGUUCCCGGUGACCAGAUCCCCAGCUCUGAGGAGCUUGCCAAGAUGUUCGACCUUAAGUUCCGCUGGACUACUAGCAUCGGUUUCGCCGUCCGCAACGAUGUCAAGUACCCCGAGGAUAUGUCUGCCUACGGAACCCGCGAGGCUGAGCGCAAGUUCAACUACUUCGUCCAAAAGUACGAUCUCAUCAAGAAGUUCAUGGGCAACUUCCGACUCAUCGAGAACCUGUACGGACCUGGAACCACCUGGUACAUCCGCAAGUCCCUCACCUACCAGUCCCCCGUUGUUUCCGGUCCCGGCUGGUUGGCCGUUGGUGAUGCCUGCGGCUUCACCAACCCAUUGCACUCCCCCGGUAUCACUGCCGCCAUGUCUACCUCGACCUACGCCGCUGAGCUGACUCACAAGGCGCUCGACGAGGCCAAGCGUGUGGCAGAUGCCAAGGAGGCUGAGAUGUCCAUCCGCAAGACACUGGCUCCCUAUGACGAGUUUGCGAAGAAACUCAUUCCUUCUCUGAACCAGAUGAACAAGUUCCACUACGUCUGCUUCCGUGAACCUCGCCUUGGACCCCAGGUCUCCUUCCUGUGGCAGUUCUUCGCUGGUAUCGGUAUUCCGGGCUGGCAACUCAUUCGUCAGGAUUACAACCUGACCUUCGACACCUACGUCGAUCACUCAAUCAACUGGGCCUGGGGCUCGCAGGUUCCCGAGUUCGAUGCUGUCGCCCGCAAAGCGAUUGAGCUUAUCGCUCCGAUUCCACUGGAGGAGACUAUCCCCGAAUCGGUCGUCCGCGAGGUGAUCGACUUUUCCAACGAGAUCAAGCGCGCAGCCGUCGACUCCAACCGCUUCAACUUCCGCUGGGACGGUCUCCUGCGCUACUACGAUCUGUACCUCAACUACGACGAGAAGAAGAACUGGAAGGACGUCUUCUCCCGCCAGUGCAAGGGCUGCGGAGCCUGGCUCGUUUGCCGCCCCGACUGGCUCAAGUGCCACUCCUGUGGUAAGCAGCGAACGGCUGAGGAGGCGGCCAUCACCUGGAACCCCCCUCUGGCUGUCGACGAGGUCAAAGCGCUGGUGCGGGCUUCUGACGCUAAGCCUGCUUCUCGGGCGGCCCCCAAGGAAGCCGUUCACGAGCAGCAGCUCAAGGACGGCUCCGUGGUGGUUUCUCACGCGGUGGAGAUCACUGCUUAA